AAACACCCCCCCCCUUCCCUCCCCUCAGCUCCAUUUUCAUCUGUUUGUGCACUUGUUCGUCCCCGAGGGCAGCCUCACUGCCCCCCCUUCAGUGGAAGCUGUUGUGAGACUUUGCCUGGAAAUAAACACCAAGUUGUCUCCUGCUGCCGGUGAGCCCUGCUGCUUCUUUUCAACACCCGUGUCACGAGGGAACUGCAGAAGACAUAUCACAGGGGGGAAAAAGGCCAGGGUCUCUACGAACAAGGUAGCCUGUCUGUUUGAGGGUCUGUGAGUCAGCAAAGUGGGGCUCUUGGUAACAAAUAAUAAAGCACCGGGGAAAGUGUUUCUCCCCCGGCCUCCAAUGGCCUCCCUGCCAGCCUCCUUAGUCCAGGCAUGACUGUCACCCCCAAAAAAUCCAGCCUUCAGCCUUCUUCCUCUUCUUAAGACACGAGUCUCAGCGCAGAUGGAUGACGUGGAAGGCCUGCGGUUGAAGCUCUCCUCUGAGGACUCUGUGUCACUGGCUUCCUCCUUGGCUGAGCCAAUCAACAUAGAAGAUUCCCAUUAUGCUCGGCUCCAAGGUGAGCUUGAGUCUGACGCCGAGAACUUGGAGGCGGAGUCCUGGAGUACGGCCGUGGACCAGAAGUACCUGAAGGCCCUGAACAAAGAGGCUGCUAAAAGACAGGACGUCAUCUAUGAGUUGAUCCAGACGGAGAUGCAUCAUGUACGCACCUUAAAAAUCGUUCUCUAUGUCUACAUGCACGAGUUGAGGCAGUCUCAGCUGAUAGACGAAGCCAGGCUGGAGCGGCUCUUCCCUGGAGUGGAAGCCCUCCUCACCCUCCACCAGCACUUCCUCAACUGCCUCAAAGCACGCCAAAACCAAAGUCAGGCGGAAGGCGGCCCACACAACUAUCAGAUCACACAACUGGGGGAUAUCCUCAUAACUCAGUUUUCAGAUGAACUGGGAGAAGCAAUGAUGGAGUGUUACAGCAUUUUCUGCAGGCAUCACAACGAAGCCAUCAGCUUCUACAAAGAACAGCUGCAGAACAACAAGAAGCUGCAGAAUCUUAUUAAGAAAUUAGGUCAGCUGCCUCUAGUGCGAAGGUUGGGAAUCCCUGAAUGUUUUCUGUUGGUGACUCAACGCAUCACAAAAUAUCCAGUCCUGGUGGAGCGACUCAUACAGAACACUGAAGCUGACACAGGCGAGUACAAGUCUCUGGUACAAGGUUUGGUGCAGAUCAAAGACACCAUCUCAAAGGUGAACACUCACGUCAGUCAAUAUGAGAAAGCUGCCCGUCUGAGAGAGAUUGGCCUGCGUCUGGAGCCAAAAUCCCAGGGCCGACUGAAGGACGGCCAGCUGUUUCGCAGAGAGGAUCUGAUCCAGGGAAACAGGACGCUUCUGCACGAAGGCACCGUCACCUGGAAGUCCUCUGGUAGACAGAAAGAAAUCCAUGCUGUGCUGCUGUCAGACGUGCUCCUCCUCUUACAAGAGAAAGAUCAGAAGUUUGUAUUUGCUGCUAUGGACAACAAACCACCGGUGAUCUCCCUUCAAAGGGUGAUCGUUAGGGAAGUGGCCCAUGAAGACAAAGCCAUGUACCUUAUCUGUGCCUGCAUCUCCAGCAUGCCGGAGAUGUACGAGAUCCACACAGGCUCCAGAGAGGAGCGCAUCACAUGGACGGCCCUCAUACGAGAAGCUGUGGAACACUAUCCACAAGAGGAGCUGCACCGCAAGCUCAUUGCUAAACUGCAGCAAUGUCAAGAUGUUCUAAAGGAGUGGGAUGACCAGAUAAAACAAAGUCUGACAGAGAAGCAGCGGAUCUAUGCUGCUCUCUACGAGAGUGCAACGGAGCAGGAAACACCCCACAAAGGGCUGCUGCUCCGGGGAGACGCUACUGACCUCCAGCAGGGGGAGACGCUGCUCAAAGGAGCCAUCGAUGAGGUGGAAAACCUGCAGAACCUGCUCUUCUCAAGGAUGAGAGACCCAAUAUUUCUAAUGGAUGAGAAUGGGGAUGUAGUUGAGAGGUCGGGUUGCAGUGAGGGAGGACCAGUGCACAUCAAUCAAACUACUAGCAAUCCUCAGCUCCAGGAAAUAGACAACUCUGGAGGCCUGGAACAGUCUGCUGAUGACGCACUCCCAGCACCAAACUGUUAUUCAGCCUCCAGUCAUUUCCCUGAGACAGAGGUGUGUGACAGGGUGAUAAUGCUCGCACAGAGGCUCUACAGCUUACAGGCAGUCAUCGUCCAGCAGGACAGCCAGAUUGAGCUGCAGUGCGCUUUUCAGUCAAACAGUCAGCAGCCUGCCUGUCAUUACAGCAAUGUGCUGCUUGAGCAGGAAAAGAAGCGCAACUUGGAGAAGCAGAAGGAGGAACUCGCCAACUUGAACAAACUGCAGGCUCAGCAUCGAGAGGAGCAGCAGCGCUGGGAGAAGGAGCGGGAGCGGCAGAGGAUACAGAUCGAGAUUCUGGAGGCUCAGCUGCAACAGAGGGAGGAGGACUGCAGGAAGCGGGAAGAGAGGCUCAGUCUGGACAAUGACGAGCUGGAGAGGCAGUGGGAAAACUACCAGCAGGACCUAGAGAGGCUGAGGGAGUCCACAAAAUCAGUUGAAAAGGAGCGGGAGCGUCUGUCUCAGGAGAAGGAGCGUUUGGAUCAGUUGCAGGAGAAGUUAAAGUUAAAGUACAUCCCAAACCCAGGACACUCCAACUAUGAUGAUCCCGCACAAACUCUCUCCAGUUACAUGUCAUUCAGGGGAAGCACGGUGAAUGCAGGCGGGGCUCUGGCCUUAACUCCUAAACCCAAAAUCUUGAUCACCACCUCCAAUGCCACGGAAAUUCCUCCAAAGGUUCCACCACGUAAGGAGAGCAUCAGCCCCCAACCAUCCAAACCCGAGCUGCCCCUCCACCUGAUCAGCACCACCAACCGGGUGCACAAACCUCCUGUCGUGCAGCAGCAGAUCCCCACCAAGCUGGCUACGCUGUCAAAGGGAAAGGAGAGAGGCUUCAAGACGAAGGGGUCCCACCAGAGAACACACAGUGCAGCCUCUAUAGACAUGAACCAGGUGCUGCCCAUCCGAGUGACGGGAAAAGAGGGAGGCAGUCUGAGAGCCAAGAGGAACGCCAGUCCUCAAAGAAUCUACCAGUCAGAUACCUUCAAACCACCAGGAUCUGGCCAUAGUGUGAAAACGUCUCAGUCCUUCAUCACACACAAGAGGAGCAGCAGCGAGGCUCCUGCACCAGCACCACCUCCUUACCCCAAAGAUUUUCUCAAAACGGGCAAAGAGAAGGUAAUAUUCCUUUAAUCAUAAACUACAGGCUGGAGUUUGGAUGAGGCCCCGUCCAGCAUAAAGACUUCAACACGUGGAAAAACCGAUGGAGCUGUGAAAAGAACAUUGCACAUGACUUCAUGACGUCCACGUGUGUCCAGUAUGAAGAGGCCACUCACUAUUAUGGUACUUUAUUGUGGAAAGCGAGCUGUUGAAAUCAUCUGAACUUGGAAAAAGCAAAGUGAUGGACAAGAUGUUUUAUAGAAAAAAAAUGCUUUGCCCAUUUGUACAUUUGGGAAAAGUAAUAUUUUAAGAUUUUAAGAUGUUGCUUAAACUCAACUAAAGACUUUUCCAGCAUUUUUAUUUUAAAUGAAAACAGGUUGUCUGUAACCAUUUAGAAGUAAUUUCUUAACUUUAACGACUUCUUUUCAAUUUAAUGAAAGAUUAAUACGGUCUGAGGAAGCAAUAGAUUUACAUCUGUUUAGAUAUGAAGUGCCAAGCACAUCAUUUUGUUUCAGAAGGAAUCGGAUCAACUUGAAAUUUGUACUGUGAACCUGCUCCUCAGUAUCUGUUCUAAUCAGGUUGUAAAUUAAUAGGGAUUGUGGAAGAAACUAGAGUCUGGCUGUAAACUCACUGUUUGUUGAUAAUAUCAAAAGUCAAGAAUGAGCAGUUCCAGUUUUUCUGCGGAGGCUGUUUGUGCACUUCCUGACUGGACACAGGGACAGUGCACAACACAGUAUCAGCAGGAUUGCUUCAGUUUACAACCAGACAGCUGCUGAAGCAUUUCUGAGAAUGAAACAGAAAGUUUUCCGAGUGACACUCUCUGUUAAAUUAUGUUGUGAUAUCAUUUAACAUUUUGUUGACGAUUUUCUCUUAGAGACACAUUGACCGCUGUCGCCUCCUGGUUCCAUGUAAAAUAUCUUUAUAUCCCAACUAAUGGGUCAUGGAAUAAAAAGAUGGUUGACUUUGAA